GUCGAAUAGCCAAUGCAGCUGGAGCCAUAAAAAAGAAGAAGAAGGAGAUUGAUAGGAAAGUAUCAGUGAAAUUUACGCUCUGACCCAGCUUUUUUCUGGCCAUGGUCAAUACUGCUUCGUUUGUACCUCCCCGACGCCGUGUAUCUGAAAAAUGAAGAAAAUGGCUAAUUACAUGGCCAGCCAUACAAGGGACGCCUGCUAGCCUACGGUACCACGACGUUUGUCAAGAUCAUUCUGGUAGAGAAGUUCAUGGUCGCAUGAGCAAUAGGAGUAUGACAAAUUUACGCAAGUUCAUAGAUAUCGGGGCGAAUUUAUUAGACCCUAUGUAUCAGGGGAUUUACCAUGGAUCUCAGAAACAUCAGCCUGACUUGAAUAUGGUACUGGAGAGAAGUUGGAAGAAUAAUUUGUCGAGGAUUAUCAUUACUUCUGGCAGCCUUGAGGAGAGCAGAAAAGCUCUUGCACUUGCCAGAACAGAUUCAAGAUUAUUUACAACAAUUGGAGUUCAUCCAACUCGUUGCAAUGUAUUUGAAGAAUUUGGCGAUCCCGAGGAGUACUUAAAGUCAAUGUCAGCUUUAGCGUCGAAUAAUCGUGAUAAGAUCGUCGCGAUUGGAGAAAUGGGUCUGGACUACGAUCGUUUAAAUUUUUGCUCGAAGGAUAUACAGAAGAAGUAUUUUGAAAUGCAACUUGCUCUGUGUUCGAGUCUCGGGCUACCGAUGUUCCUGCACUGCCGGAAUGCCUCGGAGGACUUUAUUAAUAUACUCAGGAAACACAAAGGAGAGCUUACGGAAGGGGUAGUACACUCUUUCGAUGGGAAUCCAGAGGAAGCUAAUAGUAUUUUGCAAUUAGGAUUGUAUAUUGGCAUCAAUGGCUGCUCGCUCAAAACAGAGGAUAAUUCAUUUUCUGUGACAACAAUCCCAUCAGAUAAAUUAAUGAUCGAAACUGAUAGUCCCUGGUGUGAAAUUCGGCCUACUCAUGCAUCAGCCAAAGACGUAAUUACACAGUUUCCUGCAGUUAAAAAAGAAAAAUGGCAGCCCGAUAAGAUGGUCAAGGGGAGGAAUGAACCUUCUACGAUCGUGCAAAUACUUGAAGUUUUGGCACGUCUAAGGGACGAAGAGGAAGAAUACCUCUGCAACCAAAUAUACAAAAACUCUAUGAAGGUGUUUUUCCCUUACGAAUUGUAACAAUCCAUUCCCCUCGUAUUAGCAUCCACUUUAUCCAAUUGAAUUAUUCCUUGAAUAAUCCGAAAUCAACAUGCUUCACAUCCCGAGGAGCUGUUUAGUUUUGACAGAGAGAGAAAUAAAAAAAAUGAUGUUACCUA